AUGUGGUCAGUGGCACAAGAAAAUGGCUCGAGCCCUGCUCUGCGGACGGUGCCCAGCACGUCCGCCUCCAAGGCCACCUCGGAGAAGGAGAAGCGCCCUCUCAGGCCGGAGGCACCCCGACAAAGCUGGCGCGCGGCCUCCCGUGCACUUCCGCAGAUAAGAUUUAACGUGAAAAGCCAGUUCAACGCGGCGGAGAAUCGGCUGGAUGAGCUUUCCCUUUCCCCUCAGCUGCCUCCUGCUCUUGGCAUUUCGGAGUGCCCAGACCGCCAGGCUGGUAACUUGAGCCUCCAAAUUAAUCAAAACACAACAGCACCCAGUUCAAGCCCAGGCAGACAAGACUGGAGCCAGACAAGCUCUCCUCCCGUGACCCCCGGGCCCAACUCCCCAGCCCCGCCCGCCCGCUCGCCGGUGCGCCCCACCCCGGGAUGCCGCGCACGCUUCCUCCGCCGCCCGCGCCCCCAGCCGGUGGCCCGGACCCUGGGCCCCGGAUCGUCCAGACCCGGUCAUGGUCUCCUUACCUCGUGGGGACACCCGCCGCCCCGGGGAGCUGCCGCGGCGCCCGCCGGCGCGGCGCGCACCUCCCGCAGCGCCCAAUUCCACGCGCCACUCGGCCACCGGUUCACCGCGCUCUCACCGCCGCUGCGUCCGGCGGCGGCCGGAUGGAGGCGGGUUGAGAAGGGGAAAGUGGCUAGACGGCACCGCCGGGGAACCCGGAGCCAGCGGGGCCACCCGAGUGCCCACCCCGGCGCGCCUCCCGCUUAA